AGUAAAAUUACUGUCAAAUGAAAAAGUCCUGCAUUCAGUUUUUCACUUAAAAGUAAAAAUUGUUUAGUACAUUAGUUCUCUGAACUCUGUGUCUGGGGGGGCUUUUGUUCGCCUGGAGUUUAUGGUCUGUACUGCUACGUCCCUGACGUGAAUGAAGACCGCCGGAGCUCACGGUUCUCUCCUUCUCCCCCAGUUCUUCUUCUUCCUGCUUGUCAUAUUUGCAGCCGAGGUGGCGGCUGGAAUCUGGGGAUUCUCCAACCAAGACAAGGUGGUGAACGAGAUCACCGAGUUCUACAUACAGACCUUACAGAAGUACAGAGACUCAAGAGCGGAUGCUCUGAAGGAGACCCUACGCCUCAUCCAGUUUGGGGUGAGUUCCUGCGCCGCCGCGUCGCUAUGGCUGUACGUGAGGUGGGCCAGACUGCCUCCUCGACAGGGAUGACGCAGCAAGAUGCAAGAGCGACACAAAUGAUCCCGUCACGCCAAAAAUGAUGAGCCAAGGCUGCUGACCAAUCAUAAUGUGUUACUAUACCGCUUGGUAUCAAAAUCAAGUGUACAAAUGGAAAUUAGUAGGGAAGUUCUACCUAACCUUUAAUAUCUCCUACUGACGGCAAUAGUGCAAUUGAAUGCAUAAAAGAAAUGCUUUUGAGAAAGGAGGAAGACUGAGGAAGCCAGAGAGGAGCUGAUCUACAUUAGACAUUGUGUCAUUGAAAAUGGGAACUGCUGUUUUUACAGCUCGACUCUCAACAAGACUAAAAAUGCAGACGUUAGUGGUCAUAGAGAUCAUAUCACACUCACAAGACAGAUGCUUCUAAGAUGAUGGACUUUGUGAUGCUUCCUUUCAGAGUGUAUUAUCUGUCUGCAUCUAAAAAUACAGAUAUUCACAUACACUCACCUAAAGGAUUAUUAGGAACACCAUACUAAUACG